AUGAGUCAAUAUAUUGAAUUGCAAGCCCGACGCGAAAACGCUCGUUUAGUGAUCCCGGAUUCCAAAGAUCCAAAAGCAGUUGAUCCUAUCACCGGCUAUGCUCAAGAACCACUUCUCCCGCUUGCUACCGCAUGCACACCAUUGAUUCCUAUUAUCUUUAAUAUAUUACAUUAUGUUUCGAUUGCUCUGGAAAACACUCCACAUUAUCCAUCAGAUGGUCUGACAAGUGACGAAUCAGCUUCGAUUUAUCUCUACACCAUGGAGUGGAGUGGUGGACAUAGAAGUCUCUAUACUAUUCUCAAUGAAACACUGAGAACACCUGAUCGUGAACAAUUAAAACCGUGGUUCAAGUACUUAAAACUUUUACUGACUGCUUUGGUCAAAAUACAAUGCGCAUCUCAACAGACGGUUUGGCGUGGAAUACGAAAAAAUCUGAGUCCUGAAUUUCCACGGGGAACUCAAGUGAUUUGGUGGGGUUUAUCAUCUUGUACAACAACGCUUCCUGUAUUAGAGAAUGAUCUCUUUUUGGGUGCAUGUCUUUAUCCAAAAAAUCCUGAGUAA